AUGUCCAGUCCUUGGGUCCUCCCAUCGCCUGGUCGAGCCAUCAAGACAAACCAGGAUCUCCUCCCGGAUACUCCGUGGACCAACAUCCUGUACGAUGACUUCUGGGGCACCCUGCUCACCCACAGCGGCAGCCACAAAUCUUUCCGCCCUCUCUGCACCCUCUCCUUCCGUCUCAACUACACCGUGCAUGGCCUGCACCCCUGGGGCUACCACCUGCUGAACGUUGUGCUGCACGGCCUGGUUACGGCUUUUGUCACGACGCUCAGUCGCUCUUUGCUCGGUGCGGGGCUGUGGAGCCUUUUGGCCGGUUUGCUUUUCGCCUCCCACCCGGUGCACACUGAAGCAGUAGCCGGUGUGGUCGGGAGAGCGGACGUCGGCGCCGCUUUGUUUUUCUUGCUCUCUCUCCUCUGCUACCAGAGACACUGCCAGCUUCGAAGUGACCCACAUGGAGCCGUUUGGAGCAGGCGAUGGGGUGGCAGCUCAGCUACCAGAUGCUGGGGCUGGAUGCUGGGCAGCCUGUGGUGUGCAGCUGCCAGCAUGUUGUGGAAGGAGCAGGGGGUGACCGUACUGGCUGUGUCAGCUGUGUAUGACCUCUUUGUGUUCCAAAGACUUCGGUUUCAACAGGCACUGUUCCUCUUAGGAAAGAAAAAGAAUCUCGGUGUUUUGCAGAGUCUCUGCACACUGGCUUCAUGGGGAGUGAUUCUGCUGUCAGCUCGUGUCUACUGGAUGGGAAAUAAGCCUCCCAACUUCUCCAACUCUGACAACCCUGCAGCGGACUCGUCACAUUUUCUCACUCGAACUCUAACAUUCUUCCAUUUGCCUGCUGCCAAUGCUUGGCUCCUGCUCUGCCCAGAUAAGCUGAGUUUCGAUUGGUCCAUGGAUGCCGUACCCCUAGUCAGGUCUUUAAUGGACCUGAGGAACCUUCACACAGUUGCAUUUUAUAGCGGUUUUAUUGUUUUGACUUUGUUUGGCCUUCGAGGUCCCACUUUCACAGCAAAAGAGAUCAAUGGAAAGGCCCAUGUGACAAAUGGGAAAUCUAUUACUAAUGGGAAUGUUUAUCAUGUACCCUACCCAAACCAAAAUACAGAUCUGGGGUUGUUAAAAACCACCCUGAAUGGAUCUGCCUCACCCCACCACUGUUCCCCACGGACAUCACUGCCCCCUACAGAAAACCUAGUAGUGUUUUCAUUGGGCAUCUUGGCAUUGCCUUUCCUUCCAGCCACAAACUUAUUUUUUCAUGUGGGUUUUGUAAUUGCUGAGAGGGUACUUUAUAUUCCCAGCAUAGGCUUUUGUAUACUGGUUGCAGCCGGUGCAAGAACCUUGUACGUCAGACUGAGGACUCGAGGCUCCAAGGUCCUAAUGUUGGGUCUUUGCAGUGGACUAGUGCUGCUUAACGGCCUCAGAACUGUUCAGAGAAACAAAGACUGGAGCAAUGAGGAAAAUCUCUACAAGUCUGGGAUCAAUGUAAACCCGGCCAAAGCCUGGGGAAACCUAGGGAAUGUUCUGAAGAACCACGGCAAGAUGGCAGAGGCGGAGAAGGCUUACCGGAACGCUCUACACUACAGAGGGAACAUGGCUGACAUGCUUUAUAACCUAGGUUUGCUGCUGCAGGAGAAUGAACGUUUUGCUGAAGCGCUGCAUUAUUACAAGCUAGCCAUUGGUAGCCGGCCUACUCUGGCGUCGGCCUACUUGAACACAGGAAUAAUCCUAAUGAACCAGGGCAACAUGGAGGAGGCAAAACGCACCUUCCUCACAUGUGCUGAGAUUCCUGAUGAAAACCUAAAGGAUCCACACGCCCACAAGAGCUCUGUAACCAGCUGCCUGUACAACCUUGGAAAACUGCUCCAUGAGCAGGGCCAACAGGAGGAGGCCCUCUCUGUUUAUAAAGAAGCGCUGCAGAAAAUGCCGAGACAGUUUGCGCCGCACAGCCUUUUCAACAUGAUGGGGGAGGCCUACAUGAGGCUGAACAGGCUGGAGGAGGCUGAACAUUGGUACACAGCAUCCCUUAAAGCCAAACCUGACCAUAUUCCAGCCCACCUCACCUAUGGCAAACUCCUGUCCAUCAUUGGCCGGAAGACUGAAGCAGAGAAGUACUAUCUGAGGGCAAUUCAACUGGAUCGGACUAAAGGAAACUGCUACAUGCACUAUGGCCAGUUCCUGCUGGAGCAGUCUCGUCUUGGUGAGGCUGCGGAGAUGGCAGAGCAGGCUGCGGAGCUGGACAACUCGGAGUUUGACGUGGUCUUCAAUGCUGCCCACAUGUUAAGACAGGCCAAUCUAAACAAAGCUGCAGAGAGGCAGUAUGAGCGUGCAGCCAGCCUCAGACCAGACUACCCAGCUGCUCUGAUGAACCUCGGCGCCAUCCUCCACCUGAAUGGAAAACUCCCCGAAGCGGAGGCCAACUACCUGCGAGCUCUGCAGCUCAAACCUGAUGACAUCAUCACCCAAUCCAACCUGCGCAAGCUGUGGAACAUCAUGGAGAGGCAGGGGCUCAAGACUAAGCGGAGAGGCGACCCUUAAACUAAACGAGUUGGAGGAGAAAGAACCUGAAAGGAACAAGAGGAGGAGAAAAUAAGUUUUUUAAAGACAGAGCACAGGAGUUUGUCAUUAUCACAGCGUGCUUUGUAGCACCGGCUGGUUUGACCUAAACAGGAAGAGCACAGCUACGGUUUUAUACGUCUAUGUUUGCAAGUUUUAGGGAACUACCAUGUAAACAAAGAAAAUAAACUCUGCAAAUGCCUUUUGUUGUUCCAACGGGAGCAAUUUAUGUCAUGUGGGUUUUGGGAGAUAAAAGAUUUUUCAACUGUGUCGUCACAAUGACAUAAACUGACACGUUUAUGCUCUUUGUUGCCACAAGAAUAAAACCAGCCAACCGACCGUUGGUUAAGUUGCACGAUGGCCUAUAGACGCCAUGUCUGGACUAGAAUUCCAGAGCACAGCCAUCUUUCGGUGCUCUUUUCUAACGCCGUGUUUUUUUAAGUACACUGGAUGAGGGAGCUCCUCGGUGGUGCCAAAUCUUGUACAGUCUUUACACCUCGCGUGCCAACUAAAAACUGUUCUCCUGUGUUGUGUUCGUUGUGUCAGAUUUUAUGUUGUGAUCAAAUUUAAUUUAUUAAUGUUACAUAAAAUGCCAGCCCUGUGCCAUUGCAGCCAUCCUUUCUCAUUCCUUUAAGCAGAUAUCAGUACGGCAACAUGGCGAUUAUCUUAAACCUGUUUUUUACCUCUUUGUUUUUGCCUCUCGGCUCAGGGACGAUCAGGAAGAUCUGUGCCACAGAGAGACUUUUAGGGGUUUUCUGAUGAUUGUGAUGUUGGGUUGAAAUGUAGAAAUGGUGUAGCUGAAAUGGUCUUUUGUAAAAGAACAGUGAUUCCCCUUUUUCC